UUUCUUACAAUGAAAACAAUGACAAUGUCCAUCCUGAAUGACCGCCAGAUCGGCAGCAUAUCAAUUAUUCAACCGUUUCUUUGGUAACCGGGUAAUAACAACUUCCGAAUUAAUAUCAGCCGUUACAUAUGAAGUACGGCAUUUAUCCGGUCACUCCCAAAGGUUCCACUUUUUCUGUAGUACUUGGUCAGUUUUGUUAAGUUAACCAAAAUGGACACAGUGGACGUUGUUAACAGGGAUCCAAACAACAUUAACGAUCAUUUAAAGGUUGCUUUUGAGGAUGUUUUAGCAGAACCUGACGGCGUUCAUAGUUUAGACUGUGUCUGGAAAUUAUCAUACACGUGCUUUACGUGCUGGCUGGGCCUCACAUACAAAAUCAGUACCCUUUGCUUUGGCAUCUGUAUCGCUGCCGAGUGGGCGUGUGAGUUUGCCGAGACAGCGUUUUACCAUAUUUGGUUCAUAACCCCAUUUCUCCGCAUGCUAGAGAUCAACUGUUCCGUACUGAAGAAAAUUCAUGAAACCAUCUGUGGAUGUUGUCUUGAGCCAUGCUGUGAAGCGUUCGGAACCGUUUUCAAGCAUUUGGGGAAAAAUUGAGCAGUAGCAAUGAAUGCAGAUUUCUUAAUCUUUUUACGAACUGAUCAUUUGUUACAAGGUCGUGUUUUAAUACCAACUCACCUUAGAUUUUUUUUUCGUUUUAUAUGUGAAAAGAGUUAGUCCAAAUGUUGUGAAUGUUACUUAUUGUUUGAUAUAAUAUUAUGUAUUAAUAACAACUAUGUUAAAUGAAUGUUUAAAAUAUAUGUUUAAGAUUAUUAUAGUCUAUAAAUAAAUAGGCCAGUACUGUGAUAUUAUAUACACAUUGACUCUUAUCCUAUCCGUCCAUAUUUACAUGCAACAUACAUGUACAUGUAUUUGAAUUUACUCAAAUUCAUAGCCUCUUGUUCUUUUAGUUAGACAGUACGCGUAACAUGUUAUUACUUAUUGUUUUUUUUUUU